GGACAGGUGCUGGUAAAGAAGAGUGUGUGACACACUUACUGUCACUGCAGCGGGACAGGAGAGAGUUGAGCGCACUUAUUUUUAUUUUUAAUUUUUUUAAUUAUUUUUUUGGGAUGGACACCAACUUUGUCAUCUUUUAAAUAGAAAGUUAAAGCUGCAGAACACCCCUCUUGCAAAGGUCAGCAGUAACACAUACCGGGCACACGUGAACUUGACCUAAAGAUGUCAAAAGGGCUGUUCAGGUUAGGACAGAGUACCAUCUGAAGUGUGCUGAGAAAAGACCAUCUUACUGCUCUCUCUCAAUGUCUGUCUCGGCCGUGUCGUUUUCCCAUCUGCUCCGAUGCAGUCUGUCCUCGGUGGGUCGGAGUGUAAGUGUGUGUCCGGGCAGGUGUGUGUGUGCGCGGGUGCAGGCUGUGCCCGGGGUUCGGUGGAGCAGCUCGCGUUUGGACGUGGACGGAAGCGGUCGUCCAGGGACGUGGGAUUCCUUCGGGAUUUGGGAUAACCGGAUAGAGGAGCCCAUACAACUGCCACCCAGUAUCCUCUAUGGAACUCCCAUUCCGCACGUCAGCAUGUCCAAGGUGGGCUAUGCGUCCCAUAUAGGCCGUCGCAGUGAAAACGAGGACCGUUUCCAAGUGAGCAAGCUCACACACAACGUACUGUACUUCGGUCUGUUUGACGGGCACGGAGGACCACAAGCUGCCGAUUACUGCCAAACUUACAUGGAGCAACACAUCAGAGAUUGUUUGGAGGUGGAAACAGAUUUAGAGGUGGUUUUGUCUAAAGCGUUCCAGCAGGUGGACGCUGCUUUGGCCGCAGAGCUGCAGAUAUACGGCAACGCCUCUCUCAUGAUGGUGGGCUCCACAGCGACAGUUGCAUUGCUGAGAGACGGGAUAGAGCUGGUUGUCGGCAGUGUUGGCGACAGUCGCGCUCUUUUGUGCAGAAAGGGCAAAGCUCGCAAACUCACAGACGACCACACACCAGAGCGAAAAGAUGAGAAACAGAGAAUCCGUCGGAGUGGUGGGUUUGUGACCUGGAAUAGUUUGGGUGAAGCUAACGUUAACGGACGAUUGGCGAUGACCCGCAGCAUCGGAGACUUCGAUUUAAAGAAGAGUGGAGUGAUCGCAGAGCCAGAGACCACUCGAACUUUAUUGCAUCACGCUCACGACUCUUUCCUGGUUCUCACGACCGACGGCAUCAACUUCAUCAUGACCAACCAGGAGAUCUGUGAUGUCAUCAACAAAUGCCACGAACCCACUGAAGCAGCAAACGUCAUCGCUGAGCAGGCUCUGCAGUACGGCUCAGAGGACAACAGCACCAUCAUCGUUGUCCCGUUCGGGGCAUGGGGGAAGCAUCAAAAUGCGGAAUACACUUAUUCCAUGAGCCGAAACUUUGCCUCCAUUGGCCGCUGGGCUUAGCCAGGAAACAGUAGUCAAAAGGUCUCAACACAAGGAGAAAUGCUCCCAUAUUCAAGUGCACUGCCAACAGUGCGUUUUCUCCUUCACAUACUAAACAAAAGGCCAAAUGGAUUAACUUCUGAGAUGUUAACGCAACUGAAACAUAAAACUCCACAGCUGAUGAGGUUAUAUCUUGAUAUAACCUUGGCCAUAAUCACCAUAGAUAUUCAGGGUGGACCCCCCUAAUUUUCAGAUUAGUGGUCAAUCAAUAUGGAUUUUUCAAUGAACAAUUCAUAAAAUCUUUACCUUUGGUCCCCCGCAACAUUGAAUAUUUCGUCAUAUCCUUGCUUAACAGCAACCGUACAUUUAAAACUAAAAGUUACUGUUGUAGUUUAUUUGGUUAAUUGUUUGGUUGACACUCCAACUAUUUGUAAAAUGUAACACUUAGUUUUGUUAUAUGUUGUGUUCUUGGUGUAUUUUAACAGUUAGCUGGUAUUAUCUGACUGAGCACCUUUAAAAUAUACUGUAUAUACACUCACUGGCCACUUUAUUAGGUACUUAUUCAUGCAAUUAUCUAAUCAGCCAAUCAUGUGGCAGCAGUGCAGUGUAUAAAAUUAUGCAGAUACGGGUCAGGAGCUUCAGUUAAUGUUGACAUCAACCAUCAGAAAUUUGAUCUCAGUGAUUGACCGUGGCAUGAUAGUUGGUGCCAGAUAUAUGUUAUAUAUGUAAUGCGUAUUAAUGACGUUUUGACAGGCAAGAUCUUAGAAUAAGGAACCGAGUCAAAUUCACCAGAGCAGAACAUGAGCAUUGUUGCUGCUGUGAUUUCUAUGGUCCACUAACAGCCUAAAGUUAUCGUGAGUUAUCCUUUAACUUUAGAGAGGAAAGUGAACCGUUGAACUAGUUUUACUUAUGGCUUAACCUUUAGUAAAUAUGUCCCACAUGUCUUGUGUGUCUGUGAGCUAAGAAUACACUAAAAAUGAGGCAACCUGCAUAGUUUACUGUGAUGCAUACGUAUGUGUGUUUGCAAUCAUUGCACCGUGUUGUGUGUCAUUGUACCGAAAAAGACAGGCCUGACUAGAUCUGCAUUUAAUGGCCCUCAGAUCAUGAGAUAUAUUGAUUUCCUUCAGGUUAUUCUGACUUCUAUGAGUUAUUUGGUUACUUUGGCAAAAGCAGACUAUGCAUUAGUCAAGCGACUGUGUUUUGUGGACUUCUGCCAUCUGCUGGUGGAACAAACAUCUAGCAGUGUUCGUCCAGAUUUAUUAACACAGAAAUGCCAGUGGCAAAAGACCAGAUUCUAAAUGCUAAACUAAAUGUGUUACAGUAAUCUGCAUCGACUGAAAUCUGCACCAUGGUCUUCUGCAUUUGACCAAUUUACUGCAGUGAGUUUACACCGAAAACACUGUCCAUCAUUGUGAUGUACACGGUCAGUGCAUCACAUAUUCAGUUAUUGGCCAUUUGUUUGCAAUGAGAAUAUAGAAAAGCCAGACUUACAGUAUGCUGUCAGAAUAGUCUCAAAACUAAUAUAUUUUACUAAUAUAAGUAAUUGUAUUUGUUUAGCACAUUUCACAGUACAAAUUGUUUUUAAGCAGCUUUACAGAAAAUUAUGCUGUAAUGUCUAAAACAUUACUGACAAAUGCACAACCUAAUAUACAUUCAUUAAAUAUGCAAAAUUCAAAACAAGAUGUAUUAAUGUACAAGUAUUUUAUAAAGACAUUGCAGGGGCAUAUGUUGGUGUUUACAAUCAAGGACUAUGUUUUGCAGCAUAUCAUACAAUUUACAUAUUUGUCAGAUGCUUUUAUCCAAAGCCACUUACAGUGCAUUUAUUAUAGGGACAAUCCCCCCUAAGCAACCAGGAGUUAAGUGCUUUGCUCAAGGACACAAUGGUGGUGGUUGCGGGGAUCAAACCAGCAACCUUCUGCUUAUAAGUUCUGUGCUUUAGCCCACUAUGCCACCACCACUGUCCAUCACUUCUACAUUAAGAAAAAAAAAAUCUAGUUCCUCUAGUUUACCGUGUGGAUCCUCUAGUAGAGCGGACAAUGGCUUCACUCCUGAAUCUCCUGGUUUAUUAUAGUUUAGAUCCAGUUCUCUCAGGUGUGAGGGGUUUGAUCUCAGAGCUAAAGCCAGAGAAGCACAACCUUCCUCUCCAAUGCUGCAGCAAUAAAGCCUGCAAAGAGUAGAAAAAACUGCACACUAGCAGCUCUACACAACAAUUCAACAGAUUAUUUAAAGUUGUGAUUUAAAUGUGUGCAGUCUCACAUAUCAAGGCCAGACAUAUCAUCAUCAAGUCUGGGCUACUUUGCACUUUAUUUUACCUAAGAACAGCCCACUUAGACACCAACACACAAUAAUUAUUCAGCUCAGUGUUGUUUGUAAUUUGAAUGGCAAUGAUGGACACAAACAUAUUUACACUCACUUUCUGACUUUAUGAUGAUAUGCGUGAGAUGUGUGAUCUGGGCCUUAAGACCACCCUCCACGCCACCAGAAGGAACCCUCUCCUGAGUUUUAAGUCUUAAGUACAUCUUAGAAUACAUAUUGUUUCGAAGCAGCUUUACCAAAAACAUGAUACCUCCAGCAAGCCAAAGGCGACUGUGGCAAGGAAAAAUACUCCAUACAAUGUAAGUUAUUGGAGAGACAAAGCAUUGAAGACCCAGACUCAGCUGGGGGAGUCCAUCCUCCUCUGGCAAAGCACACAUUACAAUAAAUGUAUAUGUGCCAAAUUUUAACUAGUUACAUACAUAAUAUAUGUAAUACUGACCAUGUGUUCUUGGAAUAAAUUAUUCAACAAUUAUGUAAUA